CGAAUAAACAUAACUUGGAUGAAAAUGACAGUCACAUGAAAUACACAAAUAUUGGAUAUAAGAUGACAGAGGUUGAUGAGUUAGAUGUUAACCCCCUUUUUAGGGCAUUGCAGAAAGAAUACCUGGGAUUGUAUGAAAAAGCACAGGAGAAUUGUUACAUUGUGUGUAUUCCACAGACUUCCUCUUUGGCAAAUAUUACAGUCACAAGGAAACUAGCUGAAACUCAUAUUCUGAAGCCAUCACCAUACUUUAAAAGCCAGUACCAAACUCUGGAAUCAUCUGCCAAAGUGGUGCAGCUCGAAGAGAAUGGAAAAGAAUUUCAGACAGUGGAAGGUUUCUCUGAAAAACACGCUGUGAAGAUUUUAAAUGAAGAGUUGGGGUACAAUCAGGAUUAUAAACCAUACAAAAUACUUAUUUUGGAAUGUCCAUUUGAUCCAUCACUAAAGGUUAGAGCAACGAGGAAUGGGACACCGGCCACUACUAAUUCUUUCUCUGCUUUUCAAACAUACACAGAAUCUUGUAACUUCCUAAAAUCUUUUGCCGAGUACAAAAUGGUUUUACGACAGGUGGAUGAGAAUCUGAAACAGUUUAAUGCUAAUUAUAUGAUCCUCAAGGAUUACCUCUCUGAAGUCCAGCACAAACUAAAGUCUCUAUGCCAGCAAGUUACUCAGGAUUGCUUAAAAUGUUCUCAGUAUGCUAAACAGCAGGAUCCCAAAUUCAGAGAGACAUUAGAUUACAGUGUCGAAAGCUAUGUAAUGGGUACAGUCCACAGUAAGGUGUUUUCUGUUGUCAAGGAAACAUAUGAGCGAGAUGAUAAAUUACUAUUUACCAAGAGCAGACAACUCCACAAUGUGACUGCGGAGCAGCUAGGGGUCAACAAGAAGAUAGCAUGUCCUCUUCCUCAAGCGGUUGUAGAAUUGGCAAAUCUGGAUGGACUCCGGACGCCACUGGAAAAAUUGUUCUGUCUGAAAUCAACCAUUGACAAUGCAAGCCAAACCAUACAGAAUCAUUUAGAAGAAAACCGAGUACCUCCUGUAUCAACAGCCGCUGAGGAAAACUAUUGUUUGACCUCAGAUGAUCUCAUUCCUAUAUUGGUGACAGUUAUUGCUCAGGCCCAGUGUCGAUAUUUUGCCAGCAACAUCCACUACAUAGAAACAUUCCACUGGGCAUCCGAGGCCAACGACAGAGGCAACCUUAGUUACUGUUUGGUGACCUUCAAGGCAGCUGUUGAAUACAUGAAAAACACUUCUUUUGAUGAAAUGGAGAGGCAACCUAGACUCAAGAGAGAGAUAAGUCUAGAGGAGUUGAGGAGAGCCACCAAUGGUCAAAAGGCUGCUGACCUCAGCAGUCCUGUGAACGGUUCCUCUGUGGUUCAGUCAGGUGCAAGUCACUAUGACCGACAGCUGGAGCGAAUCUCGCAGAUGCUAAAAGAGUCAAAUGACGAACUCAGGAAGACGGAGAAAAAGCAGUCCAAUCACACUAGCAGUAUUUUUGGAGAGAGUUACGAGAGAUUACAAAAGCCGGCAGAAGGGCUCCCAACCAGAAAACAAGACAAGGAGGACUUAGGGGACUUUCUAACCUCCCUACAAAAUGACAUGUUUGGAAUGAACUUUGGUAAACAGAGUUGAUGGCCUUUUUUCCAGAGACAGUUUGUUUUAGAACUCAAUUGGUUUUGAAUUGAAUGCAAUAAGCCAAAGAAGACUUUUUGAUAUUCAUUGCCCAAUUUGACUGAGGUUUAAUUUAUUGAAUUGAGGAUUUUAACUAUCAAGUGAUUAUACAGAAAAAAAUGUCCUGACAAGGGUUAUGCAUGUUCACCAGGUAUUUAUGUAUGAUUUAAAGGGACUUGGACACGAUUUGACCUCAAAUUUUCAAAUUUUAUUUUUCCAUUUUCAAUGUUUAUACUGAUAAAUAUAGAAGUUUUUAAUGCUAUAUGUAAAAAUUUGAAAGUCAAAUAUAAAGUUAUAUAAGGAAGAUACAGAGUUCGUAAUACUUUGUUUUGUAAACAAAGCUGAAUAUUGUCAUUUUUUACACAUUUGUUGUAUUGUUGUAAGUUUCAAUCAAAUGUAUCUUUCUUUUGUUGAUACUAGUAUUUAUGAAGAUAUUGAGGAAGUUUAAAAUGUUUUUUUACAUGUCAUUUUGUGAAAGAAAUGGUAAAUCUCUGCAUUACAUAUUUUGUAAACAACUAUAAGACUCGAGCUUUGUUUACAUAACAACCAAUUCUUACCUCUGUAUCUCGCUUGUAACUUGAUUUAACAUUCAAUAUUUUGGUCAAUCAUUUAAAAUGCACCGUAAACCAUUUUAUACAGUAAAAAUAAAAAUAAAAUUUUUGAUCUCAAAUCGUGUCCAAGUCCCUUUAAAAUGUGUAUCAGGUAUUCUGCUGAUAAUUAAUGCUGCUGUCAUUUACAUGAUUUCUUAGAGGUUGUUAGGCAGCCCCAGUAUUUCCAUUUUACCUCUUAAAGUGUCUAUAUAGAGAAUUUAUCUGCCCAUAAUUUUACAGCAGAAGCCUUCUGAUAUUUAAAUUAACAUACUGUAUACACGGUUAUUUUAUCCCUGUGCUUAUUUUGCCCUUCCACAGUUGCAAAUAGUUCACCCUGCCGCCAAUUCGUCCAAAAUUUUUUAAAAAAUUAACAGUUAUUUAAACAUUAUUUUGAAUUGACCUAGUCUUAAAUUAUGCCGCUGAAAACAAGGGUAAAAAGGUGAAAAUAAAAGGGGGUGAAUAUAAUGAACACAGUACUCAUACUAAUGUCUAGUAACUUAAUAUUUUCAAUUACAUGUAUAGCAAUUUUAACAUGGGCAUAUUAAAAAAUUACAAGUCAUUGGGCAAAUUUAUAUGAACUUGGGUCCUUCUGGUCUCUGUGUCAUUUGGAUGAGGGAAAUGAAUUUAUAUCUUCUCAUCCAAUGAUAUUUUUAUCAGAGGUAGGAUUAUUUAUUUAUAAUGCUAUGUAAUGUGUUAUCUUUAGUACAAUGGGAUAGAAUGUGUUUUCCCCUAAUCAAGUACAUGUAUUUAUUAACAGUACAUGAUGUCAUUAUGUGAUAUUAAAGGCUCCACUUUAUUUAACCGUAAAUCUCUGAUUUGAUAGAUAUGUUAUCAUUCAUAUGUACAUGUACAUGUAUAUUAGUACAUGUAUGAUCAAUUUUCAGACAGGAUUGUAUAGGGUAACAGUUUGAUCAUAUAUAUAUAUAUAUAUAUAUAUAUAUA